UUUUCCUCUCUCGUCCAAGUAUUACCCAGCAAUUGCAGGUGAACAGCCCCCAGCCCAUUCCUUAUCCUAUCAUUUGAGGGAUAGAAAUAACCAAAAAGGAAGGGCGAGGAAGGAAGGAGAGGGAAAGUAAGGAAAAUAGAAGGAAAAAAAGCAUAAGGAAGGUGAUGGAUGUGGGAGCGGCGUCGAUGAAGUCGGCGACGGCCCCACCCGAGAUCAAAUUCCUGUCGUCAGGAGAGGAAAGUAGAAGUCCGUCGUGGUCGGAGGGUGGAAGGUCGCCGACUUACGCCAUCUGCACCUUUCCUGCCUUCUACGGCAACAUGAACACGACCGGAUUGAGGGAUUCCCUCAAGAGCAUUUCGAAUCCGAACGUGCGUGGAUGUGUGAGUCCGGGCUUGGAUGUCCCCAGGAUUCAACCCUCGGGCUAUUCCUGCAACAUCCAGUGUCGUUACUGUCAGUUUGUCGCCAGCGGCGUCAUCUCUCCCGUCAGAUCCCCCGUCAAGAUAAUCGAGAACGUGAAGAAUGGAUCGAAGCCCCCCUUCAGGCCGACGAUGAGCGAAGACGUGUCGGAUGAAGAAGUUCUUCGUCUCAUGAGACGGUGCUGGGCCGAGGAAGCGUUCGAGAGACCCGACUUCCAGGAACUGAAGGGAACCAUCAGGAAACUCAACAAGGAGAACGAGAGUGGGAACAUAUUGGAUAAUCUCCUGUCCCGAAUGGAACAAUAUGCAAAUAACUUGGAGGCCCUGGUCGAGGAACGGACGGCGGAUUACUUGGAGGAGAAGCGACGUUGCGAAGAACUUCUCUAUCAGCUUCUUCCCAAAUCGGUGGCGAGUCAGCUCAUCAACGGACAGUCGGUGGUGGCGGAGACCUACGAGAGUGUCACCAUCUACUUUUCCGACAUCGUCGGUUUCACCGCCCUCUCAGCCGAAAGCACUCCCAUGGAGGUGGUGGAUCUACUGAACGACCUGUACACGUGUUUCGACGGCAUCAUCGAGAACUUCGACGUCUACAAGGUCCCUUUCUCAUUCCCAGUCUCUAUUAACCCAAAACUCUUCCAUCUGGAAAUGAGUGGAAUCUGUCAUAGUCUUGGAAAAGGAAAGAGAGAAGGAUAUGAAAGCAUUCAGCCUAUUGACAUUGGCCUGCAUAUCCAUCUUCGAGGAGUGUAA